AUAAUCUAGUGGACGGUUCUUCAGAAACAUCUGGUCAACCACCUCCGUAGCCUGCUAGAGGACAUAGCCGAAAGAUUCAAGCUAUUUAUACGCUUUCGGUGUAUAUUACCUACUGUGUUUUACACACUCUUCUGUCGUAUCUACUUGUUAACCUAUUUAAUUUAAUAUUGCGUUAUUUUGUAUUAGUCAGCUAUAGUAGCUGGCUGGUUAAGUUAGCACUAGCCUAGUCGCUAAUGAUAGCUAGCUAACAUCCCCGACCAUGAGUUCCCUAAACGACUCUCAUCCUGUUGAAGAAGAGGAGGUCUGCUGGACGGAGAAAGAAACUCUGGGGCUGAACAUUGUCGUGAAAGAGGAGGAGGAUGUUACAGUAAAACAAGAAGUAGAGGGUGUUACAGUGAAAGAAGAAGAGAAAGACGUUUCAGUGAAAGAAGAGGAAGACGCGUUCAGGGUGAAAGAGGAGGAGUAUGUUACUGUGAAAGAAGAGGAGGAAGAGAAAGGGGAGGAUGUAGCUUUUGGAGUGAAGAAGGAAGGGGAGAUUACUGUCACAUUGAAAGAUGAAGAGGUGGAGAUAGGAGAUCUGAUUAACACCAGAGAGAGACGUGACUAUCGUGGAGCCUCUGGGGUGCCUCAACAACCUCAUGAUGCUGAAGAGGCAGAGAAGAGUCUCUCCACAUCAGAACACCUCAAGAAACAUCUGCGGAGAUCCACAUGGAAGAGAACUCACUGCUGCCCUGAUUGUGGGAAGAGCUUCACCUCAUCAGGCAUUAAAAUUCAUCAGAGAAUCCACACAGGAGAGAAACCUUAUUGCUGUGAUCAAUGUGGGAAGAGUUUUACUACAUCUGGCUCUCUGACAGUGCACCAGAGAAUACACACAGGAGAGAAACCUUAUAGCUGUGGUCAAUGUGGGAAGAGGUUUACUCAGUCAAACAGCCUGAUAUCGCACCAGAGAAUACACACAGGAGAGAAACCUUAUAGCUGUGAUCAAUGUGGGAAGAGUUUUACUACAUCUGGCUCUCUUACUUUACACCAGAGAAUACACACAGGAGAGAAGUCUUAUAGCUGUGAUCAAUGUGGGAAAAGUUUUAUUCAAUCUAGCUAUCUGACAAUGCACCAGAGAAUACACACAGUAGAGAAAUCUUACAGCUGUGGUCAAUGUGGGAAGAGUUUUUGUCAAUCUAGAGAUCUGACAGUGCACCAGAGAACACACACAGGAGAGAAACCGUAUAGCUGUGGUCAAUGUGGGAAGAGUUUUAUUACAUCUAGCAUUCUGACUCGACACCAGAGAACACACACAGGAGAGAAACCUUAUAGCUGUGGUCAAUGUGGGAAGAGUUUUAUUACAUCUAGCAUUCUUACUCAACACCAGAGAACACACACAGGAGAAAAACCUUAUAGCUGUGGUCAAUGUGGGAAGAGUUUUGUUCGAUCUGGCCAUCUGACAAUACACCAGAGAACACACACAGGAGAAAAACCUUAUAGCUGUGGUAAGUGUGGGAAGAGUUUUGUUCGAUCUGACUAUCUGACAUUACACCAGAGAACACACACAGGUGAGAAAUCUUAUAGCUGUGACCAAUGUGGGAAGAGUUUUACGACAUCUGGCUCUCUGACUUUACACCAGAGAAUACAAAAAGGAGAGAAACUUCAUAGCUGUGAUCAGAGAUAAUAUGAUAAACGAUCAAAUAUCAGAAAAUGUAUACAUGAAGGAGUUGUUUCAUGAUAUCAAUUAAUUAAUGUCACAAUGUAGAAGCCUAAACGUCACCCUGUUCUAUGGAUUUCAGCAUGAUAUAUAUUAGCCUCAGGGGGAAAUCCAGGCUCUGAAAUGGAAGAGUACUAUUUAUGUUAUUUAACAAAAAGUGACUAACAAAAAAAGAGUUUUCCUCUAACCAGGGAUGUUCACAUUAUUCCCAGAUUCCGUGUGGUUUUUGAGCUGUUAGUUUUAACAGGACGUGCAACCUCAUCUCCCUCCUCUCUCGGCACAAUUGAUGACAAAUAAGUGUUGUGUUCCUUUGUUUUGAGACCCCUAAAUUUAAAUUCAUCACUCCAAAAUGUAGCUGACCGUCAUCUGCAGGUUGUCCUCUAACCAGUGAGGUAAAAUAUAUCUCCCAUUUCCAUGUGUUUUUUAGUUGUGUUAGUUUCAACAGCACGCACAACCUGAUUUCCCCCCUAAUCGAUAUCAGUGAUUUAUUGCUACUUGUCAAAACAACAGGGUUUUUGGUGCUUGUGUCUGUGGUGAGGACCACUUGGUUCCUGAUUGUCUCAAGGUUGGGCAGUCAAAAAGAUUUGUGUUUUGUGUUUAGCCAAUGCGUUGCCAUGGAUUACAAUUUAUUUUGACUGCAUGUUUUUCCGUAUUGGAGAUUAGUUGUGUUUGGGCUCGUUCCAAGGGGACGAGAGUUCUAGAAGCUAGUGAGUUUUAGGAAGACGACAUGUAGAGAACUGAUUCAAAUAAAAAAUACGUUAUU